AGUUUGGGUUAAGGAGCAAGACUUCUUGGUAAUUAGUAGAAGGGUAAGAUAAUCUCUAUCUCCAAAUUGCUUAUACCAAUAAGCCAAAUAUUAUUUGCUAUAGAAUUAUCUUUGCAAAAUCCACACAACAACUUGAAAGUUGAAUCACAUAAUUUUAAUUUUACAUAUUGAUGUCAAAAAAAAAAAAAAAAAACCAUUUGUGAAAAAAAUGUGAAAUCAAUACACAAAUUACCUCAAUUUGAAAGUCAAUCUCCUUCCAUUUCUCAAAAAAGUCAAUCUCCUUCUAAAAAGAAAAACGAGUCUCCUAAUUGUUUAUCACAGGCUUAUCUUUUCUAUGACUUGAACCAUGGAAGCUCUAUAGAACCAGAAAAAGCUUCAUCACUCUCUAAUGGCGGCAACUACUUUUAUUCAAUUCACUCGGAUUACGCGCCAUUUUCCUGCUGUAUCUUCCAUACCCACUUCGUUUCUGUCUUCUUCACUCUUCAAACCUCGCCAUCCCUCUUUUCGCUCCAAGUCACUCCGCUAUUGUCCCCCUUUAUCCUUCAAUUCCACCAGGAAAUUCACUGUUUCAGCGUCUAGUUAUGUCGCAGCCCAUGAAACAUACGAUGUCAUUGUGGUUGGAGGUGGACAUGCUGGAUGUGAAGCUGCUCUUGCCUCUGCUCGAGUAGGGGCAAAGACUCUACUUCUCACGCUAAACAUUGACAGAAUUGCAUGGCAGCCAUGCAAUCCGGCAGUUGGUGGGCCUGCAAAAUCACAACUUGUACAUGAAGUGGAUGCCCUUGGUGGUGAGAUAGGAAAGAUUGCUGAUAGGUGCUAUCUGCAAAAACGUGUGCUUAACACAUCCAGAGGCCCAGCAGUUCGAGCACUGCGUGCACAAACUGAUAAGAGGGAAUAUGCUAUGGAGAUGAGGAAUGUUGUUGAAAAUACUGACAAUCUCUCGAUUAGAGAGGCUAUGGUGACAGAAAUCAUUGUUGGGAAGAAUGAUAAUGUUGAAGGAGUCCGGACUUUCUUUGGAAUGAAUUUUUAUGCACCUUCUGUUGUUCUUACUACUGGGACAUUCAUGAGUGGCAAAAUAUGGGUUGGAAGAACCUCCAUGGAUGCAGGAAGAGCUGGCGAGUCAGCCUCUGUUGGACUCACUGAAAAUCUUCAACAUCUUGGAUUUGAAACUGAUAGGUUGAAAACAGGGACUCCUGCACGUGUAGACACUCGUACUGUAGACUUUUCCAAAUUGGAACCCCAACACGGAGAUGAAGAGGUCGGCUGGUUCACCUUUGACCCUGAGCUUCAUAUUGAAAGGGAACAGAUGUGCUGUUAUCUGACACGUACAACAAAAAGUACACACACGCUGAUCAAGGAAAACUUGCAUGAAACUCCAACAUAUGGUGGGUGGGUUGAUGCUAAAGGGCCUAGAUAUUGCCCUUCUAUUGAGGAUAAGAUUGUUAGGUUUCAAGACAAGGAGUCACAUCAAAUUUUUCUUGAACCAGAGGGCCGAACUGUGCCUGAGCUUUAUGUACAGGGAUUCUCAACUGGUUUACCUGAGAGGCUGCAGCUACCAUUGCUGCGAACAUUACCUGGACUUGAAAACUGUACGAUGCUGAGGCCAGCUUAUGCUGUGGAAUAUGAUUAUUUGCCUGCUCACCAGUGCUCUAGAUCUCUGAUGACCAAAAAGAUUCAAGGUCUUUUCUUCUCUGGUCAGAUUAACGGAACAACCGGCUACGAGGAAGCUGCUGCACAGGGCAUCAUUUCUGGAGUUAAUGCUGCAAGGCAUGCUGAUGGAAAAUCCCUUAUUGUUCUUGAGAGAGAAAGCAGCUAUAUUGGCACUUUAAUUGAUGACUUAAUCACCAAAGAUCUCCGAGAACCUUAUCGAGUGUUAACAAGUCGUUCAGAACACCGAUUACUUCUUCGAUCUGAUAAUGCCGAUAGCCGUCUUACACCUCUGGGCUAUGAAAUUGGUUUGAUUGAUGAUAGACGCUGGAAACUAUACCAAGAUAAGCAAUCACGAAUUGCAGAGGAGAAAAAACGGCUGAAAACUGUCAGGAUUUCUGGCGGUGAUCUGGCUGCUGAUGUUACCCUUUUAUCUAAUCAACCGGUGAAGGAUUCAUCAACCUUGGAGAGUCUUCUUAAAAAGCCACAUAUAGAGUAUAGAGUUCUGGAUAAGCAUGGGUUUGGGAAUCAAUGCCUAUCCAAAAUGGAGAAAGAAUGCGUAGAAAUUGAUAUUAAAUAUGAGGGAUUCAUUGUCAGACAGCAACAGCAGCUGCAACAGAUGGUUCAUCAACAACACAAACCACUUCCAGACAAUUUAGAUUAUUAUUCAAUGACCACUUUGUCUUGGGAGGCACGAGAGAAACUCUCUAAGGUAAGGCCACAGACCAUUGGCCAGGCAAGCAGAGUUGGUGGGGUAAGCCCUGCUGACAUCACUGCUCUGAUGAUCAUUCUGGAAACAAACCGAAGGCAAGUUCAGGAACAGAGGAGGCGCCAGAUGAUGUCUUCUGUCUUAGUUGAGCCUGAGAAGGAAGAAUCUUCAGUGGUAGAGGCAAUCAGCUCUUAGUAUGUGAAUCUAUAUGUUGGAAAUGUAACUCUUGGUUAUCAUGUGGGCAUAAGCCUAUGCCGCGGUGCUUCAGCAUGGUGGGUUGUAUGAUAAACUACUCCAAUUCUUGUCUCUUGGACGGUUAGAAAUCCAUGAUGGAAGCUCUUUGGACCUUCAUUUCUCUGAAGCAACUGGCUCGGAUCAGAGAAAAUUCAACACCGGCAAGUAAGAAGAAAAGUUAAAGCAUAUAAAAGGUGAUGUGUCUUUUUUGUCUAAUCCUGAAUUAGCUUUGCAAUUGCCAAUUUUGUUAUUCAACUUAGUUGUGAUACACUGAUGCUAGUAUAGUAAUAUUAUAUGUUGCUUUGAAGCUGAAGUGCUUAUACAGAUACUUCGGCAAUUUUUUCCUCUUUGACAACUUAGUUGUAAAUAGGAACUUUAUUCAGAUAAUAUCCAAUUUUGUUCUUCUGAAUU